CUUUUAGAGCUUCUCGAGAAGUCAAGACCCUCCUUUUUCUGCUACUUUUCUUCCACAAGAAACAUUUUCUCGUGGAUAAUCUGCGCGAGAAACGACUAGAAGAUAACAAAGAAGAUGCCAGACUACGUAGAGACGAACUUUGACGAGAGGAGUGGCUUUGUUCCAUGUGCGACACCUUGGGGAAGAUGGUGGCAGACGGUGGCAGAGGUUCACGUUGAGGUCACCAUACCAGAAGGAACCAGGUCAAAGUUCAUACAGGUCACCGUUAAGCCAUCACAUAUGAAGGUUGUGGUUUUGGAUAAAGUGAUCAUUGAGGGAUCCUUAUUUGCUGUGGUUUCGAACUGACGAAACCAUAUGGACCAUCGAGGACAAGAAGAUACUGCACAUUGCCAUGACCAAGGCUGACGCUUGCACGAGGAGACGGUGUGGGGGGGGCUGUUGAAGG